AUGGCCGACUCUUCAUCGCACAGACUAGACCUCAGGGUUGGUGGGAAGUACAGGCUGGGCAAGAAGAUUGGUUCGGGCUCUUUCGGUGAUAUCUACCUCGGGAUCAACAUCAUCUCCGGGGAGGAAGUUGCCAUCAAGCUUGAGUCGGUCAAGGCCAAGCACCCGCAACUCGAAUAUGAGUCCAAGGUUUACAAGACCUUGGCCGGUGGCGUUGGUGUCCCUUUCGUCCGAUGGUUCGGGACGGAGUGCGACUACAAUGCCAUGGUUAUUGACCUCCUCGGUCCCUCCCUCGAGGACCUCUUCAACUUCUGCAACCGGAAGUUCAGCCUGAAGACCGUUCUUCUGUUGGCUGAUCAAUUGAUCUCCCGCAUCGAGUAUAUCCACUCGCGCAACUUCAUCCACCGCGACAUCAAGCCGGACAACUUCCUCAUGGGCAUCGGCAAGCGUGGUAACCAAGUCAACAAGUACAGAGACCCGAAGACGCACCUACACAUCCCGUACAGGGAGAACAAGAACCUGACGGGUACGGCGCGUUACACCUCCAUCAACACCCAUUUGGGUGUGGAGCAGGCCCGCCGUGACGAUCUCGAGUCCCUCGCCUACGUCCUCAUGUACUUCCUUCGCGGCUCGCUUCCGUGGCAGGGUCUGAAGGCUGCUACCAAGAAGCAGAAGUACGACCGCAUCAUGGAGAAGAAGAUGACCACCCCCACAGACUUGCUCUGCCGCGGCUUCCCCAACGAGUUUGGGAUUUUCCUGAACUACACUCGCGCGCUUCGCUUCGACGACAAGCCCGACUACUCUUACCUGCGCAAGCUCUUCCGCGACCUGUUCGUCCGUGAGGGCUACCAGUACGACUACGUCUUCGACUGGUCUGUGCACAGGAGCCAGGAGGAGGCGAGCGGUAGUUCGAGCGCUAAGGCUGGUGGCAGGCGCAAGGUCGUCCAGGAGGAAGAAGAGCCUCGCAUGCCGGACCGCAUGCUCCGCUCUCACACUCGGCAGCAGCAGCAGGCUGCUGGUGCUGGUGCAGUUGGCCAGCAGCGCAUCAACCGCGGAGACUGGUAA